AAACAGAGAGACAUAUAAAACAAACAUAACAGGCACACAUACUAAGUCUCCCAAUUACCAAUCAGAACCAGAGUCGCUCAAACCCCAAACUCAAAACUAAACAGAGCAGAGAGCUGAAAUUAAAUGGAGGAGGAUCUCCAUCACCGUGUGAGUGGUGAUUCCAUACGACGCCGUUUCCUGGAUUUUUAUGCUUCUCGGGGUCACACGGUUCUUCCGAGUGCAUCUCUUGUGCCAGAUGAUCCCACAGUUCUAUUAACGAUUGCUGGAAUGCUCCAAUUCAAGCCUAUUUUCCUUGGUCAGGUUCCUAGACAAGUACCUCGUGCAGUAACUGCGCAAAGGUGCAUACGCACAAACGAUGUGGAGAAUGUUGGUAGAACAGCUCGGCAUCAUACACUCUUUGAGAUGCUUGGGAAUUUCAGUUUUGGAGAUUACUUCAAGGAGGAAGCAAUACCUUGGGCAUGGGAGCUUUCAACUAAAGAAUUUGGACUGCCAGCUGAGAGAUUAUGGGUUAGUGUCUUUGAAGAUGACGAUGAAGCUUUUGAAAUCUGGCAUAAAAAGGUGGGUGUUCCGGCUGAGCGCAUAAAGAGAAUGGGCAAAGAUGACAACUUUUGGACUAGCGGAGUCACUGGUCCCUGCGGGCCCUGCUCUGAGGUGUAUUUUGAUUUCCAACCAGAGAGGGGACAUUCAGAUGCUGAUCUCAAUGAUGACACCAGAUUUUUAGAGUUCUACAAUCUAGUUUUCAUGGAAUUCAACAAGAAGGAUGAUGGUUCACUAGAGCCCUUAAACCAGAAGAAUAUAGAUACCGGGCUUGGCCUCGAGAUGGCUCGCAUCCUUCAGGAGGUUCCGAACAACUAUGAAACUGACUUGAUCAGACCAAUUAUAGAGAAGACCUCAGAAAUUGUAAAUGUGUCAUAUGACACAGCUGUUGACUGCUCAAAAUUGAAUUUCAAAAUUGUAGGAGAUCAUUUACGCGCGAUUGUAAACCUGAUAUCAGAUGGAGUUGUUCCAUCAAAUAUUGGAAGAGGUUAUGUCCCUCGAUUCCUAAUCAGAAGGUCUGUUCGCUGUGCUCGGUGGCUUGUUAAAAAGGGGGGUUCUCAGGGCAGCCUCAAAGGAGCAAUUUUAGCCACCAUUGCAGCAAAAGCAAUAGAGAUGAGCACCAACAUCAAUCCGGAUGUAAAAGAUAGAGCACCCCAUAUUCUUGAGGAGUUGAAAAGGGAAGAACUUAAAUUUGUGAAGACAUUGGAGAGAGGAGAAAAAUUUCUUGAGCAAAUGCUAGUUGAGGCAUUAUUAAAUGCAAAAGAAAGUGGGAAUAUACCUUGCUUGUCCAGCAAGGAUGCUUUUCUUUUGUAUGAUACAUAUGGGUUUCCUGUCGAAAUAACAGCAGAAGUGGCUGAAGAACGUGGUGUAAGUAUAGAUAUGAAUGGUUUUCAUACUGAAAUGGAAAACCAACGUCGUCAAUCUCAGGCUGCACAUACUGAUGUCAAACUUUCCAUGGGAAAUAGUGCUGAUCUUACGAAAAAUGUUCCCAACACUGAAUUUGUUGGCUACAUUACGCUUUCUACAGCAGCAAUAGUGGAAGGCCUUAUAGUGAAUGGGAACAAGGUCAUGCAGGUUUCCGAAGGAAGUGAUGCUGAUAUAUGGUUGAACCGGACUCCAUUUUAUGCAGAAUCAGGUGGUCAAAUUGGAGAUCACGGAACUUUAUAUAUUCCAGGUGAAAACCAACAUAAGGUUGUUGUGGAGAUAAAAGAUGUCCAAAAAUUCGGUAACAUAUUUGUUCAUAAGGGUACAAUCAGAGAGGGAGUUCUACAGGUUGGCGAAGAAGUGGAAGCAACAGUUGAUGCAAAACUAAGGCAACAUGCUAAGGUUCAUCAUACCGCCACACAUUUGCUUCAAUCUGCUCUUAAGAAAGUUUUAGGUCAUGAAACUUCACAAGUUGGCUCAUUGGUGGCUUUUGACCGUUUAAGAUUUGAUUUCAACUUCUGCCGGCUGCUUACUGACAGUGAGCUUGCUGAAAUUGAAAGACUAGUAAAUAACUGGGUUGCAGAUGCAAUACUGCUUCAAACGAAAGUGAUGCCUCUUUCUGAAGCAAAAGGUGCAGGGGCCAUUGCAAUGUUUGGAGAAAAAUAUGGUGAAGAGGUACGUGUUGUAGAGGUUCCUGGUAUAUCCAUGGAACUUUGCGGUGGGACUCAUGUGAGCAACACUUCUGAAAUACGCGGGUUUAAAAUACUUUCUGAACAAGGUAAAGCAUCCGGAAUCAGGCGCAUAGAAGCUGUGGCUGGUGAAUCGUUUAUGGAAUAUAUCAAUUCCAGAGAUUAUCAUAUGAAGCAGCUGUGUUCCACCCUCAAUGUGAAAGCUGAAGAAGCAAAAAAUAGGGUAGACAACCUCUUGGAGGAGUUACAGAUGAGCAAAAAUGAAGCUUCUACUUUGCGAGAAAAGAUAGCAGUUCACAAAGCAUCAGUAAUGGCAACCCAGGGAAUUUCUGUGGGGAGUUCAAAAACAGUCGGAGUACUAGUUGAGUCCAUGGAUGAUACGGACGCUGAUUCGCUGAAAAAAGCCGCGGAAUAUCUUGUUGAUACAUUAGGAGAUCCAGCAGCUGUGAUUCUAGGCUCUUGUCGAGGGAAUGAGAAGGUGAGUUUGGUUGCUGCAUUCACCCCAGGGGUUGUCCAGUUGGGAAUGCAUGCAGGGAAGUUCAUAGGCCCUAUUGCUGAGUUUUGUGGUGGUAGAGGCGGUGGAAAGCCUAACUUUGCUCAGGCAGGCGGGAGGAAGCCUGAAAAUUUGUCGAGUGCACUAGAAAAAGCUCGGUCCGAAAUCUUCUUAAAACUCUCAGAAAUGGAAAGUUUAAAGUCAUAGGGAUGUCUAUCUUUGAAGUGGUUCAACAAUAUUGGAUUUGCAGUCUACUGGUUUGUUUUCCUUGGGUGUAACAGUCCGUAGUGUUACAAUAUAUACAUUUGCUACAUAUGUAGCUACACAUAAAACAUCAACUAUUUCGUAUAUUCAUAUAAAAUAUGUAAAUUAAUUAAUAAAAUCAUGUAAUGGUGUGGUUGGCACACUCAUUCGUUGAAGUUUUAUAUAUGUAUAUUGAAGUAGAAUUCUCUCU